UAUGGUAAGUUCAUUUAUUGAUAUAUAGAGAGGACUCACAACUAAUUUGGAUUUAUUGACAAAUAUCACUCUCUUCUAUUUAAAGAUUGUGUUGAAAUAAACAUAUUCAAGAUUAAAGGACCCUAAUUAAGAGCAAACAUAAUCAGCUAUCAAUCUAAUGUAUUUUGGAUUAUUCAUUACAAUCUGUAUUGCACCAAUCACAGUCUUUAUAAUGAGUUACAAUCAAAGUAUUUCAUUUGCCAAGACAGCAUUUCUUUAUGGAAUCUCUGCAGGUAAUUAUUCAUAUUGAAAUUUAGUAAUUGAUGGAGCUUCUGAACCAUAUGCUGUUCAAUGGGUUAUUUAAUUAAAAUUGAAUGUAAUUGCUAAAGCAGAAGGCUUAGCAGUAUUUAUGAAAACAAUAGUCCUCUAUGUAUUAUUGGGGAAAUAUACUAGAGAAUUCUUUUAAAUAGAAACUAUUAUUGGAUUUGGAAUUGCUUAGGUUAUAUAUUCAAUAUUCAUUUUUGCUUAUAUAUUUUCAUUAUCCAAUUAAACCAAAUUUAAAUAAAUAAAUAAAGAAGGAGUAUAUGUUGUAGCAGAGAUGAAGUAAAUAGGUUAUCAAUUUACAUUGAUGGCUUUUAUGAAAUUUUUAUUAUAAGAAUUAGAAAAAAUAGUCAUGGUUAUUUACAACAAUCCCAUCAUCUCAGGAGAGUAUACCUUAAUAAGUCAUAUUGGUUCAAUAAUCCCUCGUUUUAUAUAUGUUAACAUAGAAUAGAUAGCAUAUAAUCUAUUCCCAAAAAUUAAUUAAGAUGAAUAAACUUAAUUGUUAUAGAAAUAUUUGAAGUUUUUGAAUUUAGUUGGAAUAAGUAUUAUAAGUGCUGGUAUACCUUGUGCUUCUGCAUUCUUGUAAAUUUAUGGUUCCUAAUGGACUUCAGAUUCAUGUACAUUGGCAAUGUAAUUUUAUUGUAUUUACAUUUGGAUUAUGGGUAUAAAUGGAAUUACAGAAAGUUAUGUGAAUUCUACAAUAGCUACAAAAGAUAUGUGGUGGUAUAGAUAUUUACUUAUAGCUUAAACAAUUAUAUAUAGGUAUUUAUUAUCAUAUACUUAUUCAGUUUAUCUUUAAUCAUAAUGGUUCAAUUAGGAUCAUCAGGAAUUAUUAUCUCAAAUAUUCUAUCAAUGUCAGUUAGAAUAUUUGUGUCAUUUAUAAUAAUCCAUAAAUCAGGUAUAUAAAUUUAAUGGAAAUCAAUAAUGCCAAAAUUCAUGAUACUUUAUUUUUUUGGAUUCUUCCUUUAAUAUUUAAUAUAAGGGUUUAAAUUAUUAAUUUUGACAGCCCUAUAUUAUGGUAUCCUGGGUUUAAUAAACAUAAGAAUAGUAAUCAAUGUGAUAAAGAGUAAUUGA